UGUGUGUGCGUGCGUGCGCGUGCUAUAGGUUCACGCACUGCAGGGGCCGCGCCUCUUUCUCUCUCUCUCUCCUCUGUUCUUCCUUGCGCGUGAUCGGAGCACAGUGUCUCACACACACACACACACAGAAACAAACACACACUCACACACACUCAUACUCAUACACACAUACACACACACACGGUUCAGAUCGGCGUGAAUGCGCGCGGUAGGUGGGCGGGGUUUGAGAUACGGAUGGGACUCUCUCUCUCUCUCUCUCUCUCGCGGUGUUUAUACUCGGUGACAGGCGGCCAGAUAACGGAGGUGUGUGUGUGGCGGAGAAGCAGGAGCGUCCUGUGUGGGUCAAGAGCAUGAGGAGAUGGAUGUGGAUCAGUGUGGUUAUUCUGAUGAUCCGUGGGUGAUCACGGCUGAACAGUUGGAUUAUUACACACAUCAGUUCCUCAGUCUUCAGCGCGACCUGUCCGGCCUCGUCCUGGGCCCUGAUGCGAAAAACUUCUUCACAAAGUCGAAGCUGCCCAUCCCCGAGCUCUCGCAUAUAUGGGAGCUGAGCGAUGUGGAUCGGGACGGAGCCCUCACCUUCCCGGAAUUCUGCACGGCGUUUCACCUGGUAGUGGCUCGGAAAAACGGUUACGCGCUUCCUGAUCACCUGCCGCACACACUCCUCUCAGCUUUCAGACCUCCACCUCAGGACUCGCAGCCUCUCAUCAUGUUUGAGGACACAGACACACUCAGGCAAAAGGAAAUGGGCAUUAUCAACCAGCAGGAAGUCAGAGAGGAGACGCAUGAGCAAGAAUUCAGUCAGGAGAGAGCAGAGCAAAACCAGCCGAUACAGCAAAGCAGCACUUUAAAACCAGAUCCUCCUAACGAGCUGGAUGUUAAUGCAAAGUCAAGAACGAGACCCAGGUCUUACUCCAGCACCUCUAUAGACGACGCUAUGAAGAAAUCAGAAGAACCCCCGACUCCUCCGCCACGUCCUCAGAAAACACACUCUCGCGCUUCAUCACUGGAUCUGAACAAACUCCUGCAGCAGGGUGGGAAGAGCGGCUGGCUUCCUCCUCCUCCUGCACUUCCACCUCGAACUGUGACCUCACAGCAGACGCCUCACUUCCUCCCCGGUGUGGACCAAAACUCCCAGCAUGCCAUGCAGCAGCCUUAUUUUGCAGACUUUAACAAGUGCAGAGUUCAGGAGGAUUCCACGGUGCUCUCCCAAAGCCACACCCCUCAGAAACCGACGCGCCGAAAACUCCACCCGGAAUGCCAGAACACCAAUCACGCAGUGGGCGUGGCCUAUCCAAACCCCGCCUCUUCGUCAGUGCCUAAGCUGGCUCAAAAGAAUGUGUGUAUGUGUGUGUGUGUGUGUGUGUGUGUUGCAGGCAGAAGAGAGAGAUUCAGACGGCCAUCAGGAAGAAUAAAGAAGCGAAUGCUGUGCUGAAACGCCUCAACAGUGAACUGCAGCAACAGCUAAAGGAGAUUCAUCUACAGAGGGUUACUUUAGAGUCUCAGCUGGACCUGCUGCGUCCAUCGGCCUCUACCUGACCUCCUGAAAACACCCCCACACACACACACACACACACACAUAAAAUAAAUGCACACUGUGUCAGAGAAAAAGGUGCAAAAAAAAAAAACAGUAUUUUUACGGAACUGCAAUAUCUUAAGGUUUGAUUUGCUUUGAUUAAAAUCUGAAGAGCAGAAACUGAUCCCAGAUCAGCAGCGUCACUCUGAUUAACCUGGGCAGAGUUCAAACAGAGUUAAUAAACACAGACCCACGAUCAGCUCUAUAGGGCUAUAAAACAGGAGGACACCAAGAACACAGACGGCUAGAGAGUGGAGGAUUAGAUUGACAUGGGGAACCAGGAGAACCGAGUUAACCAGGAGAACCGAGUUAACCAGGAGAGCUGAGUUAACCAGGAGAACCGAGUUAACCAGGAGAGCUGAGUUAACCAGGAGAACCGAGUUAACCAGGAGAGCUGAGUUAACCAGGAGAGCUGGAGUCAGAAAGGUAACAUGGCGACCAGAGAACCAAGAACCGUAUUCAGAGUUGAGUUAAGUGACUGCAGUGAGGAUUUAACACUGAAAUUGUGCAGAUCUGUAUUCAGACAUCAGACGUAACUACAGACUUAAGCGCUAUUCGGAAGUUACGUGAGAGUUACGCACAGACUUUGUCCAAAACAGAGGCGUCUCCGCUACGCACAGUUCUGACCUUGAACUUGAGCUUAUUUUUCCCCCCUUUUCUCUCAUUUUCCCAUUUGCGUGAUAUCAGUUUGAGCAGCAGCAUUAAAUCCAGCGCCCCUGUCUGACAGUUUGAUGUAACCACAACAUGUCACACCCGAGUAACUGACAAACACGAUAUUAAAAAAUAAACUGCAGAAUAACAGGAUGCGCUGGAUCAAGUGCUAUUCUACACACUGCUGAAUAAUGAGGGUGGAAGCCAUUUUGUGAAAUUAAACCCGGUGAUUAAUGUGAUAAUUACGACUAGAACUAUUCACACAGUAUAUAAUGGUGACAUACUAGACUCCUAUUAGAUUUAUUUCAACACUCACCAUCUUCUCCUUCAUAUAUCAUCAUCUUAGUCUUUUUAUUUUCCUUUUUUAAAUUAUCUCUUGUAUUUAUGAUACAUCAAAUUACAUUUGAUGCAAAGGAAUAAAACACUAUUUCCUUUCACAGGCCGCAUUUUCUAACUCUUGAUUUUUUUCUGGUUUAAAGAUGCUAUUGGAAAACCCUGUCUUAGACGCUUUUACUCAAGAAAAAUCUGGAAAUCUCGGAGACGUGGACUACAGGCAGGUGAUUUUAAUAAUCUGAGUGUGGAGACUAGAAUAUUGACUUGAGCAGCUGCAGAACCCGACUCUGAAUACGAGGAACUUUCCCCAUGUAAAUAUUGAUGUAACUUAUGGCCUUAAGUCGCUGACUCUGAAUACAGAAAUAUAAGUUUACUCCAAAUUAUUGUUCAUUAUUUCUUCAUAAUAACUUCUUAGUACUUGGUUCAAGGGUUCUUUAAGGGUUCAUCUGAUAAUUAAUGGUUGUUACUGUAGCUUCCUAAAAGGGUUCUUCUGAUGCGGAAAUACUUUGUAUAGGGUUCUCCAGAGAACCUUACGGAGUGUUUGUGACAGUCAGUGGCCACAGAAAACUGGAAUGUAUCUGCUGAUCAUGAUUUAUCAAAUGUCCUUGAAACUCCUCUUACUGUGAAUCUGCUCUCCAUACAAAUGUAUUUUUAUAAGUGGAACAGAAUUAAAUUCACAGGUUAAUAAUCUUACAAUCAAAUCCUUUUUUUUUUAUUUCUAUUUGCACUACAUUAUCAUGACAUUGUAGCAGCAUCCUCUCACCGCUAGUCUCUUAUAACUCAAUCACUGUGCAUUUAUUUAUUUAUGUUUAACUGUGCUAUAAAGAUGCUAUAUAUAAUAUAUAUAUAUAUAUAUAUAUAUAUAUAUAUAUAUAUAUAUAUAUAUAUAUAUAUAUAUGUAUAUAUAUAUAUAUAUAUAUAUAUAUAUUAAUUGCAAAAAAAACAACAACUAAUUCUGACUGUUGAUUUGUUGGUUUCUUGUGUGGUGGUGUGAAAUAACUGCGUCUAUAUGCAAAAACACAAUGCUGCAGCUUCACUUCCUGUUGCUGCUGAUGCUGUGUUUCUUUUUUAUCCUGAGCCAAAUUCACAUCACACACACACACACACACAGAUAUGACACAUAACAACAUACCUGACUCAAUAACGUGUGUCAUGACAUCAGUAAGUGAAACCUGGAACACUGUAAACACUUCUCUUCCCCUCUUGUGUGUGGUUUGUUUCUUAUUUUAGUUUGCUGUGAAAUGUUUGUUUUGUAUCAUUUCUCUAAAACACUUAAACACCGAGCUGCUGUUACUGGGAACCUGAUAUUUUUCUUGUUUUACACUCGAUGCUGAAAUCACUACAGGUCAUAUUUCUUAAAUAAAGCUACAGAGUUCCAUUUUUAA